AUGGAAGAAGAAAGGGUGACGUACUCUGAGCUGCGCGUUCAGUCUCCGCUCCAGCAACAUAGAUCACCUGCAGCAUCUCGAGCCAAGGGCACUGCUUGUUUUGAACAUCGAGUUUGGAAAUGUCAGCCCUGUGGUGAUGGCUGGCAGCAGCACGGGAAGCACUGCUACUCUUUCUCUAGAGAGCAGAUUCCGUGGAGCAGUUGUGAACUUCACUGUUCUCCUUUACGUUCAAGUUUUCUUAAGAUAAGCACGGAAGGAGAGAUGGAGUUUGUAAAAAGAAUGUCAAAGAAGCAGUGUUUUUUGUAUGAGGACAAGUUCGGGUUCAGUUUAUACUACAAUAGCAGCCAAAUGAAAUGGGUGUGGCUAGAUGGUUCAGCUUUUAUUCUGGACAAGCUUCAAUUAAAGAGACCUAACACACCCAAUAAUCAAUGCAAGUAUAUUAAAAAUGGCCAAGUAAUUGAUGGGAGCUGUCAAGAGAACAGUCAUUGUAUAUGUAAGAAGACAGCAUAUGGAGAUUAAAUUUUUAGAAUCAUGAAAAAAGCCAAGAUAAUUUUUCAUCACCUUAUUUAAGAAGUCAUUUAUUUACCUAACACAUGUAUUUUUGAAGUGUCAUGUCCUAUACAAUAUUAUUUGUAGUAAAUAUAUCAAUUUAUUUUAAGCAUAUUACUCCAAAGACUCAAACAUAUGCUAUAUCAAUAACGAAGGACUUGGAGCUGGUGCAGUGGCACAGUGGGUUAAUUCUCCACCUGGGGCACUGGCAUCCCAUAUGGGUGCCAGUUCUAGUCCCGGCUGCUCCUCUUCCAAUCCAGCUCUCUGCAAUGGCCUAGAAAAGCAGUAGAAGAUGGCCCAAGUCCUUGGACCCUUGUACCCGCGUGGGAGACCUGGGAAGAAGCUCCUGUCUACUGGCUUUGGAUCGGCACAGCUCUGGCUGUUGCAGCUGUUUGGGGCAUUAACCAGUGGAAGGAAGACUUUUCUCUCUGUCUCUCCCUCUCACUGUCUGUAACUCUCUUUCUCCAAAUAAAUAAAUAAAAUCUUUAAGAAAUAAUGAAGGAUUUGAUAAGGUGGCAAUAAGAAUAGGAAGAAGAAAUUAAGAAAACGCAGAGGGGUGGACGCUGUGUUGCAGUGGGUUAAGCUGCUGCUAGUGGUGUCUGCGCUUCCUAAGAGAGGGGCUGGUGGAAGCACUGGCUCCUCUGCUUCUGAUUCAGCUUCCAGCUGAUGCAGUGAUGGCUUAAGUGCUUGGGCCCCUGCACCUGGGAGACCUGGGUGGAGUUUUGAGCUCCUGAUUUUUAUCUGGAUGGGUCCUGGUUGUUGCAGGUAUUUAAGGAGUGAACCAGCAGAUGGAAGAUCUCUCUCUCUCUCUCUUCUUUUAAAGUAUAUGAAAAAAAAUAAACAUUUUACCAAAUAAAACACAGAAAAAAAGAAAGAUGGUGUCAAUCUCUGAUGACUGAAGUCUUAAGUGCUCCAGAUUCUUAAAGCUUAUUCAAAUAAAUUUGAA